AUGAGGAUAGGUAUGCCUUAUAAAUUAAAUAAGGUUAUCUAAAAAUGUUUAUUAUCAAUAAAUACAAAUUUUGCAAUCUUUUAAAAAAUAAUAUCGUGAACUGCUUGGAAAUCACAUUCAAAUUAAAAAAUAAAUGUAAUUUCUAUGAAUAUGUCACAAAAUUAAAGACAAAUGGCUUUUGGGGUGGAGAAAUAGAACUUGGAGCAGCAUCUGAACUGUUUGGUAUUACAAUAACCAUUUACUCAGACAUUCUGACCCAAUCAUGGGUUAUUAAAAAUGAUAGUCCUAACGAGAUCACUCUAAAUUUAUUGUUUUUGCACAAUUCUCAUUAUAAUGUGCUGAUUGAUAAAGGAUUUUCUAUUCAAAAACCAACUCUAAAUAUUAAAUCACAACAUAAAUUAGACAAUUCUAUUUAUUCACAAACAGCUAGUAUAAAAUUUUAUAUAAUCAUAAUUCGAAGGAAUUUAAAUUUUAUUGAAAGCUAUUCUAUUAUUAUACAUAAUAUGGUCGUUUUAUCUAAAUAGUUUGCUGCAUAUAUUUAUAACUUAUUAAUAACAGUAUAUCCACAAAGAACUUUUAAACCAAUUAAAAAACGAAGAAAAUAAGUCUGGACUAUUUCCUCUUUCACAUGGGAAAAAGAAUUUAGAUGAUAUAUAUCAUUUUUUAUGCAUCUUAUUAUGUAUAAUUAUAUAGGCUACAUUAAAUUUUUAAAUUCCAAACCCUUUUGUAUAAGAAUAUUGUCAGAAGAGAAAGAAGAAGAAAGACUUCAUUUUCCAGCCAAAUUAUAUGACCUACCUUAUGAGAAAAGAAGAAAUUUCAAAAUUAUAAAAGGAGAGUACAUACUAACUAUAAACUUUUGCCCCAGACCGAAGAUAUUAAUGAUUACACUGAAUCUAGAUUAA